AAAUGGCCAGUUGUACUGACUUAUAUUGUACCUCGCUUUAUAUAUAUGUAUAAGGAACGCCGCCAGACACGUCCAACUCGCAGUCACUUGUUAGUCGCGGUGCCAGUCGGAGCAAUACAACAACUCCACUGGAAUGUCAACAGCCACGCGGUUAAGAGCUUAAGUUUAAUCGAUAGUUAGAUUAUGUUGUAUCGGCUCGCUCUCGAUAUAUAGUUGAUAAAGGAACGUGCGUCUAGUCCAAUUGAACAAUCGACUCUCAGUGCAUCGUUUGCCUCACAUGAAUGUGUUUGUAAUCAAGCUGCAAGCGGCCGACAAAAUGACUCUUGACAAAUUUUUCAAACUACCUUUUUACAAUUCAAAUAAAGCGCAAGCGAGUGAUCAACCACAACUACAAGCUACUGGUGAUGGACCAUUAGAAGUGAAAAGAAAUUCAACGGACCAACGAUAUCUGUUAUUGUUUUGUGCUUCUACAGCAUGCUGGGUGAUAAUAUCAAUAUAUGCUUUCGUGGCUGGUGAUAAAAUCGCGGUGGACUAUUCAAAUAUUUUGUACCAUGUUGAGAUGCAUCGAGUUUCGGAUUUUCUACUAUUUUACCUCUCGGAAGUGAGUGACGUUCUGGCGUGGGAUUUGAUAUUAUCAGUAUUUUUACUGGGCGUUUUUGUUGCCCUAUGCCGAUGGGCGACCAAAGUUGUAAUAUAUCUGUUUAUAUUUUUAGUAUUUGCCGUAUUGAUACUAUUUUAUACCUUGUCUUUUAUGGUCAUUUACUACUACGACGCAAGUUAUUUACCAGUAUUAAUCAUUACAAUAGUGACUACGAUAUAUCUACUAGCUCUGUACGUACUCAAAAAAACCGGAAUGAAUAUGAUCUGCAAAGUAAUUCAAGAAUCUUGCAAAGCCAUUUUCGCUUAUCCAUCGACAAUGUGCAUUGCAGUUCUUCAAUUCGUGUUGACGUUAGCGGCCUUUUCUUACUUCACGGCGAUAUUUGGAUUUUUAUAUUCCAUCAGAAAUGAAAGUUUUGAGGAAUUUUUAAGAAAUCAUACUAACCCCAAUGAUACCGACGAGGAUAUCGGCAUGUGGGUAGAGUUCAAGAUUAUGAUUGGAGGCUCACUUCCAGACAACUAUCGUUCAGUGCCAGGGUACAUUUACUUACUACACGUAAUCAACGUUCUUUGCUUCUUGUGGGUCUUUUCAUUCAUCUCAGGAGUGGGAAGAAUGAUUUUAACUUCGACUUUUGCUACUUGGUAUAAUAAUAAAAGCGAGAGACGCUCGCCUGUAACGACUGUACCACGAUCUAUUACAACUAUAUUAAGUUAUCACUUAGGGACCGUCGCGUACGCCACAUCGAUAUUUUCAUGGAUUCCAAUGAAAAAAGUCAUCUGCGAAAAUAGCCAAGAUGUUCUUAGGAAGUUGCGCAAACAGCCUAUUUACAUAUUGUCAUGCUUCACUAUUAUCCUCAAUUUUCCAUUAGAUGCGCUCGCAGUGUGCGCUAUUCACGGUCAAGAGUUUUACGAGUCGGCAAGUGAAUCUUUCAAGCUGCAAAUCCAAAAUAUCGCAUCGUAUUUAGCAAUGAACACUAUCAGCCAGAUUAUAAUAUUUUUUGGUUCUCUCCUUGUGCCAUUUAUAUCCUCAAUCUGCGGUGGACUCUACAUUCAUAAAAACAUCAGUUGGUUGCAAGAAGAAGAAAGAGCUUACGAAAUUGCCAAUGCAAUUGCUAUGGUCACCAUAGUCAUACCGUUAUUCCUAUCAUUGACAUUUUUCUCGACUUUCCACGCGGCUUCCGAGUCAAUUCGGUUGUGCUACUUUGAAGAUUCCAAAUUUAGCCAGGAAGGUGAAAUGAAGCUGUAUGAAAUUCAGGUUGAUGAUUUCAAAGAAGACGAUGACUAAAUUCUAUUGGUUAUCGAUAUUUAGCAAAUGAUCGAUGAUCUAGUAUUUGUUAAGAAUUGAAAAUUGUUCAUAGUGUACACUAAAACUGUGAAAAAUUUGUAAUUUCGCUUUUAAACUGGGAUUAAGUUUGUUAAUGAUUUGAAUGUUGAGAGAUUUUUCUAUUGUACAAUUAGAGAUUUAAAUGUAUAUUAAGUGUAAAUAGUAAUUAGUUUUUAAGAACUCUAUAGUUGUAACGAAAUAUGUAUUAAUCAUAGAAUAUUCAUAGCUUCUGUAAGAAAAUUGCCAGUAAUAAAUUCUAGCUAAAA